GGCCAGGUAGCGCUCGCAUGUCUGCCUCAGGGGCGGCACCGGCAGCUUGGGCAGGCCUUCUUGGUGGGCCAAGUAACGGCCGGGGAUCUUCGUCACCGACACCGGCUUCACCAAGGUGGACGGCUUCACCAGACAUGUCUUAGCCUGGCAUGCAGGCUCCUCUCCUGAAGAUGACAAUCCACCCCUCCCUGUCACUUUCAACUUCAUGCUGCCCAAGAAAGAGAUCAGUAUGGUGCAAGACAUGGGCAAAUGGAAACGUUCACAGGCCUAUGCGGAUUACAUGGGGUUCGUCCUGACGCUGAACGAGGGGGUGAAGGGGAAGAAGCUGACCUGUGAAUACUCUGUGUCCGAGACUGUAGAGAAGCUCAUCUCACUGCUGGACACACUGGACCGCUGGAUUGACGAGACCCCGCCCGUGGACCAGCCCUCCCGAUUCGGGAACAAGGCCUACAGGACGUGGUAUGCCAAGCUGGACCAGGAGGCAGAGGCCCUGGUGGCUGCAGUCAUCUCCGCAGACUCCAGUGCGGCUGCGCCAGAGAUCGCCGUGUAUCUGAAAGAGUCAGUGGGGAACUCCACCAGGAUAGACUACGGCACAGGCCAUGAAGCUGCGUUCGCUGCCUUCCUGUGCUGUCUGUGUAAGAUCGGGGCUCUCCGAGUGGAAGACCAGCUCGCCAUCGUGUUCAAGGUGUUCGACAGGUAUCUGAUAGUGAUGCGGAAGCUGCAGAAGACGUACCGGAUGGAGCCAGCGGGGAGCCAGGGGGUCUGGGGCCUCGACGACUUCCAGUUCUUACCUUUCAUCUGGGGCAGCUCCCAGCUCAUAGAUCACUCCACCCUGGAGCCCCGGCACUUUGUGGAAGAGAAGCUGGUGAACGAACACCACGUGGACUUCAUGUUCCUCGAGUGCAUCAAGUUCAUUAAUGAGAUGAAGACUGGCCCGUUUGCCGAGCAUUCAAACCAGCUGUGGAACAUCAGCGCCGUGCACACCUGGUCCAAGGUCAACCAGGGACUCAUCCGAAUGUACAAGGCAGAGUGCCUGGAGAAGUUCCCCGUCAUUCAGCACUUCAAGUUUGGCAGCCUGCUCUCCAUUCAGCCCGUAAAGCCCUGAGAGAAGAGACCCCCAUACCCCGCCCCAGGGUACUGACCCCCUUCAUUUAGAAGACCCCUUCACCACUUACAGCUUCCAAAUGCCACGGCCACUCCCGUCUAUUUAUGAACUUUUUAUGUUUUUUUUUGGGGGGGGGGGGGGGGGUGUGUGCUCUUUAUUGACUACACCUUUACAAUACAUAAGAGAGGCAUAAUGGCCAUAUACAGGCAUUCCUUAUGCCUUUUUACAUGCUUGACAGUGCACUUGUUAAUGAUGAUCGGUAAAGUUUGGGGCGAUUGAAAUAAAAUCCAUUGUGUCUACAUUGUACUUCACUGGUUGUAUUUCGGACAGUGGAAAUGAAAUUCUGGCAGUGGGACCUUACACAUUGCGGUGUUUUAGAUGUUUCACCAGUGCUGAUUUACAUUGUGAAGCAUGCAAAAACGCGUGAAAGCCCCUCUAUAUGGUGCUUAUACUGCUCUUUACAGCCAUGUAUGACUUAUGAAGAUACAAUUCAGCAGCCUUACCUUUUUAUUAUUAUUAUUAUUAUUAUUAUUAUUAUUAUUCCUUUUGAAAUUUGUACCCAAAUCCACCCAGACAUUUUUUAUGUUUGAUGUGUGUGUGGUAGAGGAAGUCGGGCAGUGGCAGGAAAACUCCAGUAUCGUAUGCAUAUGUAUACCUGUGUGUCUAUUUAUUGAGUUAGAUAUACAUGUACAGCAAUCCCUCUGUGAGGCAGAGACUCGGAAGGAAAGGCCAUGCUAGAUGAACGCAUUGUAAUGGAGAAGGAAAAAAAACCGCUGGUGUUGUGCUGUUUCCAUUUGUCUCACGUUUUCUGGUGACUACAACUAGUGUAUUGCACGCAUAAAAUGCACUUUGAGAAAUGGGGAGGUAGGGUGUUUGUGACUUACGCGUUCUCCCAUGUCACCCGGUAUUUGAAGCGUGAUUCCCUCGGUCCCUUACUUUCCUGUAAAGCUUCAAAGAUGCAUUUUGCAUGCAGGCUUUUAUUGGUGAAAGUAAAAACUGUUUGUCUUUCAUUUAGUAUUGCCAUUUUUUCAUCAAAUGGACUGCAAAAAUAUAUGAAAUGAUAAACAGUUGCUGAGAAAAAUCAUGGCCUAGCUAAAUUGAGUAGCUGAAAAUCUGAAAGCAAAAUAUUGUUUAGACAAUAUUAGUAAAAUUCCGAUUAUUUUUGUGUCUUGAGUCUUCCGGGUGGUGAAUGUGACAUAUCAGGCCCAAGAACCGGGCAUAUCCGUGGGCUGUCAUUGAGAAAAUGCAAGCAUCUGAGCACAGUACAAGUCUAAUGAUUGUUAGCCUCCUUGAAAGAUUCAUUUGGAUGCUUGAUGUAAUGGUGUGUAUCUUGUGUCGCCUGUGUCUCAUCGAUGCUUCGCUCAUCGUUCUCUUCUCUCGAUGUUUUUGACUUGCCAGCUAAUGCGCUUCAUCCUCUGCUCGUUAAAUACUGGAGGUUCCAGGUUCGGCAAGGUUUUGGGCACCGAGCUAUAUUACAGCACACAGAAUGUCAACUGCCAAAAUAUUGUCUAUGGUCAGCUUUAACUCUUAAAUAGUAGGGUGCUGAGUAUCUGGUGGAUCUAUAGAAUAUGGAGGCUACAAUAAAUUCCCUCACUUGAUCAGGUUUUGAAGUGUAACAUGAAAAAGUAUUUGCCCCCCUUCCUGAUUUCCUCUAUUGCAUGUUUGUCACACUGAAUGGUUUCAGAUCUUCGGACAAAAUGUAAUAUUAGACGAAGGGAACCCGAGUAAACACAAAUGUUUUAAAAAAUACAUUUUUUUUAAUGACUAUUUUAUUGAAUUAAAAAUGUUAACAACACCAAAAUAUGACCCCUGUGAAAAAGUAAUUGAACUGGUUGCACCACCUUUAGCAGCGAUAAUUGCAACCAAAGGCUUCCUAUAAUUUGAUUAUCAGUCUUUCACAUUGCUGUGGAAGAAUUGUAGCCCACUCUUCUUUGCAGGACUACUUUAAUUCAGACAGAUUGGUAGGUUUUUGAGCAUGAAGUGCUGGUUUCAGGUUCUGCCACAGCAUCUCUAUUGGAUUCAAGUGAGGACUUUGACUCGACCGCACCAAAACUUUAAUUUUGUUCUCAGCCAUUCAGAUGUGGACUUUGUGUUUUGGGACCAAUGGGCCUCAUGCAAGAACCACUUGAACGAACAGAUUUGCAUUCACCAACUUUUUCUUAUUUCACAUUUUUUCUUGGGUCAGAACAACAAUUGCAAGUGGUCCCAACCUGUUGUGCUCAUCAUGUAAACACACAUACCAUUAAUUUCCUAUGGAGAGGCUUCUAGUGCAGAACUUUCAAACUAGGAAUUGCAGAUCAAAUAUGAAUCAAGGAAUAAGUGAAAGUUCAUGCAAACAUAUUAUGGUUUGCCAAAAACCAAUGAACCGCAGUCUACCCGAUCAGGUACAGACUAAGUGAUAGAUGUCUCUUCUUCUUAAUCCCAUUGGCCAUCUGUCCGACAGAACCCACCUACAGUACCGUAUAUACUGUAUUAUAACCAGUGGCAGCUGGUGGUGAUACUGGAUGGGAGGGCUAAAAACUAAAAGUCUUAAUGCCUAUCAAUAGCUCACGUUCCACCAUUGCAUUUGAAAAUAUGCCAUUCAAAUAUAUACGCCAUUUGACGAAAGCUUUCAUCCAAAGCACCUUACAAAUACCAUGAGCUCAUACAUUUUUCAGUAUGGCCGGCAUCAGUGAGUGGGAAUUGAAUCCAUAACUGUGGCAGUGUUAGUGCCAUGUACUACAGUGGAGCUACAGGAAUACAAUAUAGGCCCCUAUCCUGUUAGAGCAAUAAAACUGAAACCAAGCCUUGCUGUAGUAGGUGCAUGAAAGAAAAAUCACCAUAACUGAACCGUCAGUAAUGUAGGCUGCCUAAGCACAAUUACACACUGGCUAACGCGAGUCAUGUCUGUUGUUUCAACAUUUGUUUGCACAGCCACAAGUGUUGCCUUUGAUAUUUCAUAAGCAAAUUAUUUUCCAUAAACGGUGAAAAUACAUUCAAGCAUCUCAUUUUGACUUGUUUCUGAUGUGUGACUUAAUGUGUUAGACAAGUGAUUGGCUAGUUCUCUAAAAUAAAAAAAGAGGACUCUGUCUCGAAACAUGCCCUAGUGUAAUGAUGUGGUUCAUCCAACUCAUUGCAGAGAAAAUUUGUGUCCUCCACAAAAUUUAAUGCAAUCCACAAUUCUGGACAGUGAGUGCGUUUUUAUGUCUCUGCACAGAGUUGCGAUUAGCUACCUAAGUCAUGCUGACAAGCUAUGUUAGCUUUACCCAGCGUUGACAGAUUGACACCAUUUCCGUGCUUCCAAAUGUUCUAAUCUGUAAAGCCUUGCUGAGUCCAUGCCGUGUCUACCAUUUUGUUGUUUGUCCUGUUGUCUAAGCUGCACAUUGUUUUGUCUCCAACUCUUUAUUUACAGUUUUUCCUCCAAAUGCAUCUUAGAAAACAGAUGAUUAGCGAAGUAUAUAGUCCACCUUAUUUGUGCCUACCAUUUAAUUAAUUUGCCACUACUCACACACUUUCACUGUGAAGGGGCGUUUCACACAGACCUUUUCACUGUAACGGGCUGAAAAACAAAUCGAGGGGGCGUCACUACGUAAAGUACGUUAUACACUUGACACUGUAAUAUACUGAUAGGGGGCUGAGAAACUAGCCCUGUAGCUCAAAUGUUGGUCAUAUACCUUAUGUUUUUCUUAUGAGAAUUAGAAGGUGAUGUUGUUCUCGGUUUCCCCAUUAUUCAAAUUAAACCACUUCAAUUCUUUCAACGAGACCUACACAAGGGUCAUUUUAAAAAAACAUUUUCCCAAUUAUUUCUUCAAAAGAUAGGGAGGGCAUAGCCCUGUUAGCCCAUUUAUACCAGCCGCUACUGCUUAUAAUGGACAUCUUCUUUUCUGAGAGUUGUCUGAGCUUAGGUGCUUUCACAGAAUCCGAUGUGGCACAUAAGAAUAUGUUCUUGCAUGAGGCCCAACAGCACUUCAGCUUCAGCUCACAGACCGAUGACCAUUCUCCUUCAUCAUUAACAGAGCAGGAGUCAUGGUUCCUUCAAUAAAGGCACUCACCCUGGUCCCAUGGCAGGGAAGCAUCUCCAUGUUUGACUGUUGGUGUGAGGUCCGUACUGUGAAACGCUGUAUUUGCUUUACAGCGGACAAUAAUGGGACCGGUGUCUUCCAAAAGGUUCCACUUUUCACUGUCUGUAGAACAUUAUUGCAAAAGGUUCGGGAAUCAACCAGGUGUUUUUCUGUGACCUCCUGGACGUCUUGUUGCUGCACCCUUGGAGACAUUUUGCCAGCAACCCUGCACUGCUCCUGGGGAGGAUUGUCUCCUGCUUAGUCUAAUCAACUGUAAGUCACUUUGGAUAAAUGCGUCAGCCAAAUGACGUGUAAUGUAAUGUGAAUCUUUUCCCACUCCUGGGAAGAAUCACCACCGUUCCAAGUAUUCUCCAUUGGGAGAUAAUGGCUCUCACUGUGGUUUGGUGGAGGCCCAGAGCCCUAUAAAUGUCUUUCAAGUGGCCUGGUCAAAAUCUCUACUUGAACCCAAUAGCAAUGCUGUGGCAAAACCUGAAACAAGCAGUCCAGGCUUGAAAACCUACUAAUUUGUCUGAAUUAAAGCAGUUCCCACAAAAAAAAAAGUGUGCUAAAAUUUCUCCACAGUGAUGUGAAAGACUGAUAUGAAAAUAUAGGACAUAACUUUUUUCAUUGAAUAAAUGAAAGAAUCAUUAAAAAAAUGUAUUUGUAUAAAAUGUGUUUACUUCUGGAAGUUGGCAAAGUUAUUAUAGACAAAUGUAUAUUUUCUGAAGAAAAUGGCUUAGGCCAACCCUGAGGCUUACAGAAGAGGUAGUCCAAUUAACUAGCUUUUGUCCUGAUAACUCAUUUACCCUCCAUCAGGGUAAUUACUGAGCACAAUUAGUCUGGAAGACUUUCAUUAUUUGCAUUAUUUGGAUAAAAAAGGCUUAAUAAACUUGAGGGAAAAACUAA